AAAUCUGUGGGGCGAGAUGUUCAAGGACGGAGAGCUCACAGUUCCAUUCAAGCAUCGUCUUCCUGGAGGAACAGAGAUUAAUACUGAUAUGAAACAGGAUGAGGCGCACUCAAUUAUUCGAGACAGCCAACUGGCUUGGAGGGGCUCUCCGGGUGCGGUGGAUUAUCUUCAGAGGAUUCUUCGCAUGGUGCUGCCGCCUUGUCGUAAUCAUGAGGAUAUGGUAGCGCUCAGUUAGCGAAGCAGCAUACAUACCCAUGCUGGAUUCUCAGUACUGUCUCCCUAGCAGUUUGUUCAAGAUAGGACCAGAGGGCUUCAUUACAUGUAUGUACUGCCGGUUUGGAGCCAGGUUUGUUUUGUUUGGUCGAAUCCAUAUUUGGCGCAAUAAUUGAAGAUCUACCUUAUGGAGCUCUACGUCUGAUAGUCUUGACUCUAAUCACUCUAAUGAAAGGGCCAUCGGAAACCAUGAAGAGCAGUAUGAAGCAACUGUAGAAAGUCCAUAUCUUCUUCCAACAUCGAGAAUGAAAAACCACUAUCGAGACACUCCACUGUAACAGACAACAGCCAGAGGUGUGAUACAUAGCCUUGUUUGAUCGAAUUCCUUUGCAAAUGGGAUGACUAUUAGGUAUGGCCCGGGAACCUGGCUUGGUUAUUGUUGUCCUUUAUGAGGAGAUAAAGGGUUGAGUAAGGGGGUAAUGGGCUGUCCCAAUAUUACUGGUACAGCCAAAUGCUAUAUAAAUACCGAGGAAUUGACUAGAAGGACAGGUCUCUUUUGUUGCAAUUCAAUAGGCCGACACAGUGGCAUCGUGCAGUAUCUGGAUCUAAGGAAACCUUCCUCAAAAGAUUGAGUACCUGGCAUCUUGAUAACCGUUACUAUGUCUCAGUCAAAUCAAUUCGAAAGCAGGUGCCCUCACUGCCUUGGCGCGGACAACCAUUACCCCUGUCAACGUUGCAAACUUGUUUUUUAUUGCAACGAGGAGCAUCGGGCUUCUCACCUUCUUGCCCAUAUGUCAGUAUGCAGUGCCGUUUGCAGGGAACGCACUAAAUACGAAGUGGUCAAGUCACAGUUACCUUUUGCUCCGGAAAGCCCAUCUGGAGACAGCAUCGACCAUGAUACGAUUCUCGGAAACCACGUAUAUGAUGUGAACAGUUACAUCGAGGCUCGAAUCAACUAUGCGAGAGUUCUGGAAAGUCUUCAUAGCAGGCAAGCUGCCGAAAAGCGGAUCAAGUUGCUGAGGAAGGCACUGAUAAUGCUUCCGGACAACAAACAUGUGAACGCUUGUCUGAAGCCUCUGUUGGGUCUCAUGUUCCGACUGAAGUCCGAUGAAGAAAUUUACAAGUUCAUGAGGCAAUACCUCGGCGUUCUCGUGGUUAAGUAUAAACAGCCUCAAGACCGCAUCAGAGACUACAACAAGCUGAACGCAUUGAGCGACAUUGAGCUGGUCCGAGCGACCCCAUGUUCGCAGAUUCUGCGAGUGGCAUUUGUGAUCCUGAAACUGAGAGUGAUAGCACAAUUGCAGGAUAUGCCACAGAUUGUCGGUAAGAAAACCCGAAUUGUGCCAAAGGAGUUGAAAGAUAAAGCCCAUUUCGGGUUCUUCAACGCUCUCGCCACCGCAGAAGAUGACAGAUACACCAUGAGUGAAGCCAGCUGUUCGCGCCUUAUCGAACGCCUAAUCCAGCAGGUCCGUAUAUUGUUCUUCGCUGUUCAUGAGUAUAAUCACCAGGUUUGGGACUAUCUCAUGGCCAAGGACAACCCUGCUAACAUGUUUGAAUCUCAGGAGAACUCGACCUCUCACACAACAGCCGCUAUGAUUCGUAUACAAUUACGUGAACCUUUUGAGAAGACUCCCGGUGCCGAGCAGCUCGUGGACCGCUUCCUCGGUGAAGUCUUCCUCGCCGAGUGUCAGAGGACGACCCCCGAAAUCAAGGUGGAACCCGAUAUGUGGGAAGAAGUCCGGCUGGAUGACAUUCCCAUGGCGAAGCACGAGUCAGACUGAGGAGAAUAUGGCCGGC